AUGGAUCAAGAUUUCCAUCAUCCUUUUACCCCUUAUGACAUUCAGCUGCAAUUUAUGCAGGCCUUGUAUGGUUGUCUAGAAGAUGGAAAGGUGGCAGGCAAAUCAUUAAGCUUGAUUUGCGGCUCUUUGACUUGGUUAAGAGAUCAUAAGCGCAAGGCUUUCCAAGAAACUCUCAACCAGGCAGCAUGCGACGACGAUGAGCCAGAUUGGAUGGUUGAAUUUGCCAAAAAGGAUUCUCGUCGCGCAAUUUCAGAAAAGAAACAGGAAUUUGAAAGUCGACUGGCUAAAAUUAAACUGGAGGAAGAGCGGCUAAAACAGGCACAGAAUACCCACAACCAGCCACUGGAUGAGGUUGAUUCGCGAAUUGAUCCGGAUGAUGAGUCUCAAUUUGUCUUAGAUGACUAUAAUAGUGAUGAUGAGAGGAAUAAACCCAGCAACUCGGGCUUUGAUAGCCUGUCUGCCAGCACUCUGGCCCUGUUAGAUCGAUUCAAGGGUCAGUUCUCAGAAAGUAAGAGUGAUGAAGAUCUAGAUGAUGAUACAGUCAAGAUUUUCUAUUGCUCUCGAACCCAUUCCCAGCUCAGCCAGUUUGCUGGAGAGCUGCGGCGGGUUUCAUUUCCAUCAAGCAUCCCGAAUGACCCUGAAGAGGAAAAGGAUAGUGGUCUCCCAACUCUUGAGGAGCGAGUAAAGCAUCUCAGCCUUGGUUCAAGAAAGAACCUUUGCAUUAACCCCAAAGUCAAAGCCCUAGAAAAUGGCACCGCAAUCAAUGAGCGGUGUUUAGAUCUACAGCAAAGUGGAGUGGCUACUGAGAAGAAAUGUCCAUAUUUACCUUCCAAGGAUGAUGAGGCCUUAAUUCUCAAGUUCAGAGAUCAUGCUCUAGCCACUGUGAAAGAUAUUGAGGACAUUGGGAAAGUUGGGCAAAAGAUGGGGAUAUGUCCCUACUAUGCGUCCCGUUCCGUCAUUAAGCACAGUGAAAUUGUGACUUUGCCAUAUCCACUGUUACUUCAAAAAUCCGCUCGUGAAGCUCUCAAUCUGUCCGUCAAGGGUCAUGUAGUCAUCAUCGACGAGGCUCACAACCUGAUGGACGCAAUUUCUGGCAUUCACUCCGUGACAGUCUCCUUGCAGCAACUACAGACAGCCAUUUCACAACUAACGACAUAUGCACGCAAAUUCAAAACUAGAUUGAAGGGGAAAAAUCGCAGCUAUGUCGCGCAGGUAAUUAGACUGGUUAGCUCUAUUGCCAAUCACCUCCAUGUAAUUUCUCAACAAAAUUCGUCAGAAGGCCCGGUCAAGGCAUCAGAACUGAUGGCAGGAAAAGGAGUGGACCAAAUUAACCCAUACAAACUAUCUCGGUACUUGCAAGAGAGCAAGCUGGCACGGAAGGUGGAUGGGUAUGUUGAAUCUUCGGAGAAACCACAGCCUAGUCAACCCAGAGACAGGACAACUGGGCCUGUUCUAUUUCAUAUACAAAGCUUCCUCUUGCCAUUGAUGAACCCUUCAGAGGAGGGGAGGCUCUUCUACCAAAAGAGCCCAGAAGAUGUGCUGUUGAAAUAUAUGCUUCUCGAUCCCACAAAUCACUUUCGAGAGGUCGUCGAAGAUGCUCGAGCUGUGAUACUAGCUGGUGGAACAAUGUCUCCUAUGUCGGACUAUGCCAAUUAUCUAUUCAACUACGUGCCACCUGAGCGACUCGAUACAUACAGCUAUGGCCACGUUAUUCCACGUUCAAACUUGGUUGCGCAGUCGCUGACUCGGGGAGUUUUGGGUUCGGAGUUUGACUUUACCUAUGAGGCUCGUGGAUCUGAGAAGAUGAUCAAUGAUCUUGGACGAACUAUAGCGACACUUUGUCAAGUAAUCCCAGAUGGCGUUGUGGCAUUCUUUCCAAGUUACGACUAUUUGAGCCAGGUAUUGACUGUGUGGAAGAAGCCCAUUGAGAAUGGUAACGGCCAAACAAUCCUUGGUCUAAUUAGACAAAAGAAGAAGAUUCUCUAUGAAACACGCGAGGUAACGGUUACGACCGAUGCUCUUCUGCAAGAAUAUACUGAAGCUGUUGAUUCUAAAUCAGGAGCUUUACUUCUCUCUGUGGUUGGCGGAAAAUUGUCUGAAGGUAUCAACUUUUCUGAUAGACUGGGACGGGCUGUAUUGGUCAUUGGCCUACCUUUCCCCAACAUUCGCAGUACUGUGUGGCAGGCCAAGAUGAAAUACAUCGAGGAGAAGACUUACAAGCUAAGCUCUGGGUCAGAGACAGAGAAGCGCAAAGGCGCUUCCGCAGCAGCCAGAGAUUUCUACGAGAACUCGUGCAUGCGGGCUGUGAAUCAAUGUAUUGGUCGGGCAAUCCGGCAUGUCAAUGACUAUGCAGCCAUUAUCAUGAUCGAUCGGCGGUAUGAUACGCCUCGUAUUCAAGGAAAAUUACCUGGAUGGAUUCAGAGCAGUCUGGUUUCUUCCUCCCCACGGCCAGUCCAGGGGACUAUCCAAAGGUUGACCAACCGCGGUCAUGUGUCCGCCGGUUACGGUCGUGUCGGCAAGCACCGCAAGUCCCCCGGUGGUCGUGGUAUGGCCGGUGGUCAGCACCACCACCGUACCAACUUGGACAAGUACCAUCCCGGUUACUUUGGUAAGGUUGGUAUGCGCUACUUCCACAAGACCAAGCAGCAGUUCUGGAAGCCAACCAUCAAUGUCGACAAGCUGUGGUCUCUCAUUCCCGCUGAGCAGCGCGAUGCCUACCUGAGCGGCGCCAAGAAGGACACUGCUCCCGUCAUCGACCUCCUGCCCCUCGGCUACUCCAAGGUCCUCGGCAAGGGCCGCCUCCCCCAGAUUCCCGUUGUUAUCCGUGCCCGCUACGUCAGCCGUGAUGCCGAGGAGAAGAUCAAGGCCGCUGGUGGUGUCAUUGAGCUUGUCGCAUAA